AAACACCAUCUAAUAUUAAGAGAGUGAAGAUUUGGCACCGAAAGUCAGAAGCAAAGAUCGAAUUCGGUACGCGGGUUCGCGGCACAAGCAGACGAUACAAUAGAAAUGGAUGGAGUAGUUUUACCUAGAAACAUUUCCGAUAUCAAAAGUGACAUUCCUGAAUUAAAGGGUGAUAACUAUAAGGUGUGGAGAGACAGAGUGCUUCUGCAGUUAGGAUGGAUGGAUAUUGACUAUGCUAUUCGGAAAGACGAACCAACUGCAGAUGAGGUUGAUCUUUAUGAAAAGUGGGAGAGGUCUACCCGCCUUUCCGUUAUGUUCAUAAAGACCAAGAUCAGUGCUAGUAUUCGGGGUUCUGUCGAUCAGCAUACCAAUGUCAAAGGUCUUCUGAAAGCCAUCGAUGAGCAGUUUGUGUCUUCUGACAAGGAUCUUGCUAGCACCUUAAUUAUGCAGUUUUCAUCCAUAAGGCUUACCGAGAUUAAGGGAGUGCGUGAUCAUAUCAUGCACAUGAGGGACAUUGCAGCUCAGCUUAAAGAUUUAGAAGUUACCAUAUUUGACUCUUUCCUUGUGCAUUACAUUUUGUGCACUCUUCCACAUAAAUAUGUCCCUUUUAAGGUCUCUUACAACACACAUAAGGAAAAAUGGUCAAUUAAUGAUCUUAUGACCAUGUGUGUUCAAGAGGAGGGAAGACUGGUGAUGGAGGAGGGUGAAAAGGUGAACCUUACUACUUCUGUAAAGAAGAAGGAUCACGCUAAGGACAAGGGAAAGGGGAAGAUUCCUGCAACUCAAGCCAUUAAGAAGGAGUCUUCGUGUUUCUUCUGUAAGAAGAAGGGACACAUGAAGAAAGACAGUGUGAAGUUCAAGGCUUGGCUCAAGAAGAAAGGGUAUGACAAACCUAAGGAAACCAGUGGGCAGUGAAUAUCACAUCUAUUCAGGAAAUCAGAUGAGUUCACAUGUAGAAGCCGUUGGGACAUGCAACUUAACUUUAAGUAGUGGUUUUAUUUUGCAUUUAGAAAGGACAUUUUAUGUUCCAAAUUUCUCUAGAAAUUUGAUUUCAGUUUCAAGACUUGUACCUUUGGGAUUUUCCUUUAAUUUUUCAGAUUCUGGUUUUAGUUUAAUUCAAAAUUCUGGAAUUAUUGG